AUGAACCUCUCGCAUUUUAAGAGUCGCAACUUCUCUUCUAAUUUCCAGUUUGCUGCCGUAAUAGUGGAGCACUAGGUUUCUUCGCAAACCCAAGAUGGCUAGAGGAUUGAAGAAGCAUUUGAAGAGGCUCAAUGCUCCAAAGCAUUGGAUGCUUGAUAAACUGGGUGGUGCAUUUGCUCCUAAACCCUCCUCUGGACCACACAAAUCUAGGGAAUGCCUCCCUCUCAUACUCAUCUUGCGAAACCGAUUGAAGUAUGCUUUAACAUACCGUGAAGUCAUUGCCAUUCUGAUGCAACGCCAUAUCCUUGUUGAUGGCAAAGUCAGGACAGACAAGACAUAUCCAGCUGGCUUCAUGGAUGUUGUAUCUAUCCCUAAAACCAAUGAGAACUUUCGCCUGCUUUAUGACACUAAAGGCCGAUUCCGUCUCCACUCAGUCAGGGAUGAUGAGGCAAAGUUUAAGCUCUGCAAGGUGCGGUCAGUGCAGUUUGGGCAAAAGGGUAUCCCGUACCUGAACACCUAUGAUGGUCGGACUAUCCGUUACCCGGACCCUCUCGUAAAGGCUAAUGACACCAUUAAGCUGGAUCUAGAGGAAAACAAGAUUGUUGACUUCAUCAAAUUUGAUGUUGGGAAUGUAGUUAUGGUAACUGGUGGAAGGAACAGGGGGCGAGUUGGAGUGAUCAAGAGCAGGGAAAAGAACAAGGGAAGCUUUGAGACGAUCCAUGUUCAGGAUGCCACUGGGCAUGAAUUUGCAACUCGUUUGGGCAAUGUGUUCACUAUUGGCAAGGGCACAAAACCAUGGGUAUCUCUUCCCAAGGGUAAGGGUAUUAAGCUAUCAGUGAUUGAAGAAGCUAGGAAAAGGAUUGCUGCCCAACAAACUACGGCUGCUUAAAUAUCUAUGGAAUGAAUAGACGUGGGUGUUUUGUAGUUUCAUUGACUGCUUUUGGUUUCUAAUUUCAUUUUGUCUUGAGAUUUUAUUAGUUGAAUUUUGACUUAUGCACUAUACAACUUUUAUUGUGCCUGCUAUUUUAAUGAAGGAAUCUUUCCAUUCCUGAGUUU